GAGCAGGUCUACUGCUUUGAUUUGGAAUAGAUUAAAUUUCCCUAUAUGCUCAAAAGUAGAUAUAAAGACAAUUGCAAGAGGCACAAUGUGGAAUUAAUUUCUAAAACUAUGUUUUUUAUUUUUACGCGCACAAGACGGUUUCGUCGCAUUUAACCGACAAAAAACUGAAAAAAAGGGAUUUGUCCUUUUUUCCCGUUUGUUUCUUUUUGCAGUGAAACUCAGAAAUAAGGAAAAUAUACUACAACAACUGGAACACAGACAUACUUGUGUUCGCACGAGAGCGAAAGGGGUUAAAAAGAACAUUUGGAGAGUUACACUAUGGAAGAAAAUGAUCAUAGCAACAGAGAUGUGGAGCGCCAGGAUUCGGGCGAGGAGUCCAAUAGGGCUAUUCUUCCCCUGUUGCAGGCUCCUGGAAACCUACUCCCUCACAGAAUCACCAACUUUUACAUCGACAAUAUUUUAAGACCAGACUUUGGUCGCAGGAAAGAAGGAAGCAGACGCGAAGAAAUUAACAUAGUUGAAAGAGAGAAUCGCUGUCCAUCGGCUCCCGGAUCAGGGCAGGUAGCUCCAUUAUCAGGGGAAGGAACCUCGAGCCCUCACGCUGUAAGCGCAUCUAAAAAAACUGAUAUUAGCGCGGACGAAUCUCUGAAAUCCCGUGCAGAGACUGGAGAUCAGUGUUUAAGUUCCGAUUCGGACUGCUCACAAAGUAGCGCUGCGCAGUCGAAACAGCCAAUGCUUUGGCCGGCUUGGGUAUAUUGCACAAGAUAUUCGGACAGACCUUCAUCAGGACCAAGAUCACGCAAACCAAAGAAGAAAACCCCAACCAAGGAAGACAAGCGUCCAAGAACAGCCUUCACAGCGGAGCAACUACAGAGACUCAAGAAUGAAUUCCAGAAUAAUCGCUACCUGACGGAGCAAAGGAGGCAAGCGUUGGCCCAGGAACUCGGCCUGAACGAGUCUCAAAUCAAAAUCUGGUUUCAAAACAAAAGGGCGAAGAUCAAAAAAGCUACGGGGAACAAAAACACACUUGCCGUGCACCUGAUGGCACAGGGACUUUACAAUCACGCCACUGUAACAAAGGACGACAAAUCAGACAGUGAUUAACACGGAGGACAGGACAUCUAAAAUGCAAUAAUUCUAAACAAGGGCCAGUGUACAAAAUACCAGCAUUAAACGGAUGAAAAUUAUAUGUAUGAGAUAUGAUUUUGCAAUAUUAUAUGUAUAUAUUUACUUUGUGUACGGUGGUGUACAACUUUUUUUUUAAUUAGCAUCACUGCUGUACACUGACUGAAACUUCAGAUUUAUUGCGCGAGGAAAAGGACGCUUCUUUAUUUAAAAAUAAAAAAUUAAAAAAAAGAGGAGCGAUUUGAUUGACACUUGACGUUGAGCCACACGUGAACGUGUUUAAUCCAUGCUGAAGUCCAAAGAUUUUUUCCUGCUGCAUUCAGGCGACUGUGAUUUAAAAUAAAUGGUAAAAAUGUUUUAUCUGAUAGAUGUUUGUUUGUUUGCAUAAUUUUAUUACUGGAUGAAUGUUUUACUUGAUUGACUUGUGUUACAGAGACAUGGUAUUUAAAAGGACAACAUUAUCAUCAUAUCCCGCUUAAAAGAAUUCAGUCUAUUUUGUAUUUAUAUCUAUGGUGUACUAUCCGGCAAGGAUGGUUUACCUCACAUCUCACAUUUUCAGGAAAUAGAUCAACAUCUGAAUGCAUACGAGUCAGUAAACCUUAAAAAUCACUCUAAUGCAAGUACUUGACUUUGUUGUCUGUUGAAUUUAGCUGGGAAUGUACAAUAAAAGUUCUCAACUUUU